CUGGUUAACCAAUUCAUGAGUAAAUAAUAAUAAACCAAGUUUUUUUUAACCUGACACAUUGGGGGAGGGGGGAGGUUGAAACCUUAAUCUCCCUCUGGCUACAGCCCUGAUUGUUUACAUUGACAAACAGGGAUAAAAAUUCUUGUUUUAAUGAAAAAUUUGUAAAGUAGACCUUUAUAGAGCUGAAAUGCUCAGCUAACUAAAAUGGCAUUGGGACACAUUUGGCUUUGACAGAACAUUUAAACUAAAGUAGGGUUCAUAUUCCAUUACAAUUGUUGAUACAAAUAUUACUUCAGGGAAAGGGUUGUUUGGAAAUUUUAACAGAGGAAUGAAUUUACUGCAAUUUUGUUACUGGAGUUGACAGGUAAGAUUUAAUUGAAGGAUUUGGGAGAGUGCUUGGUUAAUGUAUGUUUGUGACCUGCAUUCAGACUAAGUUAGCUAUGUUUUAUAGUGUCAUCCCAUACAGGUCUACCCAGAAGGAAAGGACUUUUUCACAACAUUUACAGCACUUUGAUGCUAAUUUGCAGUGCUAUGACUGCAUCAUGUGGAAGCACAGUAAUAAUUCCUGGCAUAAAUACCCAUUGAAAUGGAAAUUGCAAUAUUCCAUAUAAUAAGAUGCAUGCCAGUGCUACAAUUAGGCUGCAUGAAACAGAUCUUAUUCUUAUUGUGUUCAAGACUGGCUAUCUCCAAAUACGUAGUACAGGACUGAAGUCUUAGUCCAGAGCUAACUUUAUAAUUAUUUCUAGAACUGCAUUUUAAAAUUUGUUAAGUUCUUGUUGUCAUUAUUUUUUGCCAAUGUUCUUUCUCCUUUUGUUUUCUUUGAGGAUGGUACUUCACCAGCACUGCUAAAAGAGAGCACACUAUGUCCCAUCCAUGGAUCAAAUGCCUACCAGUAUGGCUCUUAUUUAUGUUGGUUGAUGGGAGUACAGCUAUGCCAACAAGAGCUCCACUGUUUUCCAAAAAGGCUUUCGUAGUGGUGUGGAAUGCACCUACUGAACAGUGUCGACUACGCUACAGUGUAGAUUUAGAUCUAAAGAUUUUCAACAUUCUAUCAAAUCCUAAUGAAAGCUUGAAUGGGCCAAUUGUGACAAUAUUUUAUGCCAAUAGACUGGGAUUCUAUCCUCAUUUUAAUGACAGUGGAGAUUCUGUCAAUGGAGGUAUACCACAGAAAGAGAGCAUCAUCAUGCACCUAAUCAAGGCCAGCUUGGACAUUGAUCAUUCCAUAACCAUGAAGACAUUUCAAGGACUUGGAGUCAUUGACUGGGAAAACUGGAGGCCUCAAUGGGAUAGGGCUUGGGGGAGAAAAAACAUUUACAGAGACGCAUCUCUAGAACUUGUUAGAAAGAGGCACCCUCAUUGGCCUGAGGAUGCCAUUAAGAAAACUGCUAGGAAAGAAUUUGAAAAUGCUGGCAGGAAUUUCAUGACUACCACCCUCUCUCUGGUUAAAAAGCUGAGACCAAAUGGAUUAUGGGGUUACUAUCUGUACCCAGACUGCUAUAAUUAUGAUUAUAAAAUUAAGAACAAGAUAUACACAGGCAAAUGCCCAGAUCUGGAAUAUUCCCGUAAUGAUCUUCUUUUUUGGCUUUGGAAAGCAAGUACUGCCCUUUUUCCUUCAAUAUACCUGGAAUAUAUGUUGAAGUCAAGCACAAAUGCUUUGAAAUUUGUACACUAUCGGGUUAAGGAGGCAAUGCGCAUUGCUUCCAUAGCUAGGAAAGACUACGCUUUGCCUGUUUUUGUUUACUCUAGGCCAUUUUAUGCCUAUACCUUUGAGCCUUUGUCAGAGAUUGACUUGGUACAUACUAUUGGUGAGAGCGCAGCUUUGGGGGCAGCAGGAGUCAUCCUUUGGGGAAGCAUGCAGUAUGCUAGUACUUACAAAAACUGUCUUACUGUGAAAAAAUACAUAGAUGGUCCCUUCGGGCAUUACAUCGUUAAUGUGACCACUGCAGCCAACCUUUGUAGCGAAGUCCUCUGUACGAAGAAUGGAAGAUGCAUUCGUAAAGACAGUGAAUCAUUUGACUAUUUGCACUUGAAUCCUCGGAGUUUUAAGAUUAGGUAUUCUAAAACAAUGAAAAAAGUCUAUGUGGCUGGAAGCAUGAAGAGGGAAGACAAGGAAGCCAUGGAAGAAAAAUUUAUGUGUCAGUGUUACCAAGGCUGGAGUGGGAACUAUUGUGAAAUGCCUUAUAUCAAUGCCUGAGGGUAUGACAUUUAUUGACAAUAAAUACAAUGGACGUUCAGUAUUAUUCAGGAUGCCAUUGCUACAGUUUUCUGAGACAUGGAACACCUUCCAAAUUUUAACAAAAAGGUGGUACAAGCAUAUUAACUACCCAAAAAACAAGAACAAAUUAAAAUGGUCUUACAUUAAAAGCAGCAAGCUGAAAUGAACAGUGGUGUCUUUAGGAUUGGUCUGAAUUGGAUUCUAUCCUGUUGUCAAUGAAGAUGUCACUAAAAGCAAGCAGAUCCACUCACUCAGUGCAGCACAUUCCAAUUAUCAUACCAAGUGUAGGAAAUCAUGCAACAUCUCUUAUUAGACAAUCUGCAGAAAGAAACAGAAACUGGGAGGUCAUGCUCAAAGCCAGUCAGAUAAAAAAAUAAGAGUUAAUAUUAUAUUUAUAGAAUCAGGAUUUCUCUUUAUUAGCAUACAAAGCUCCUGAUUAGUUUCAUGUAAAAUACCUGCUUUCCUACUUGAUAUAUAAAUAGUUACAUUAGAUAUUGGCAUUGUUCAUACUUAUCUGGCAGCCCUUUUAUAUUGGAUAAGCGGGACUCUACUGUAAUUGUAAUAGCCGGGUGUUGCAGUUUGACCCUCUUCCAUUGGGAGAGGAACUGAAAUAGCUUGGCAUGCAUAGUAAAAGCUUCCCUUUGACGUUCAGUCAAAUAAUCCUCAAAAAAAGUAGGCAGGCUUGUCAAGA